AUAAGGAGAAGGAUCGCACACCGCCACCCUCGGCGCGUCCUUGCCGCGGGGAGGUCCAAGUCUUUGCCGCCUCCCGCUGCCGCGGCCUCCUACUGUCGCCCAUCACGAGGGUACAAUCCCAAUUGCGGAGGAGGCGCGCCUCUGUGCCGCAA